GAUAGUUGUGGGGGAUCGAAAUCAAGUAAGAUGGAAAACUUCAAUCGGACCGUAAGGAACUUUGUUGGUAUUUUGAAGGUAAUACUUUGGUCUUUCAAUAAAACAGUUGGUUCAUCAGAUACCAUCAAUAAAAAACAACUGUUAUUUCAAGACCUUGUCGACUUAAGUCAGUAUUUUCAGGAAUCAAAGGAAGAUUGUCUCAGUAGACUUCACAGAACUAUUACAAUGUGUACAGACAACCUUCAGGUCGCUGAGGAAGAGAUGCUUGAAAAGAAAAUGAAGGAAGAAGAAAAGAUAGACUUAUUGAAUUUUGUAACCGUGACCACCAAUAUAAUUCAAGGCAUAAUGAGCAACCCAAACGACAAAUAUUUGAAAAGUCUGAUGAAAAGGAUGAAGGAUCAUUGGGGAGCAUUAAGUUACCAUGGCAAAGAAAUAAAUGUGGAAGAAAUCAGCAAAACGAAUCUUUGGAAGAUGAUCAAACGUUAUACUAGUCAUGAAGAAGUUGAUGAGAAACCAGGCCUUCGCCGUCUUCUUCAGGCCUGCAUUGACUUUCUCCAAACACAGCCAGGCGAGUUUUGGAAGAAUGCUUCCAUAACAAUCUAUGACGAGGACGACAAACUGUACAAGAUCGCCAGUGGAACGAGAAAACAUCAGUUUAUUUGCCGAAUGAAAAACGGGGAACCGUUUAUUAGCGAGACAACAUCGGUAUCGGAGCACAAGGAAGCUAAACCAGAUCAAAAGCCAUCAACUGAAACAACACGCAAUCCAUCUCAAAAAAUGGAAAUUUUUGAACAAACUGUAAUGAAUUUUUGUCGUACAUUGGAGGCUUGCAGUGCAGAGCAGCGAAUAGUUGCAAAUGAAGUUUUAAAAUCAUUAAAUACCUUUGUAGAAGAAAUACUUUUGGCUUUCCAUAUAACAGUUGGUUCAUCAGAUACCAUUAAUGUAAAAGAACUGUUAUUUCAAGACCUUGUCAACUUAAGUCGUUAUCUCAAGCCAGAACAAUACAAAAACGUAAUUUCCUACCUGGCAAAACUACAGGAAGCAAAGAACGAUCGUCUUAGCAGUCUUCACAGAACUAUUGCAAUUUGUGGUAGCAACCUUCAGGUCGCCGAGAAAGAGGUGCUUCAAAAGAAAAUGAAGGAAGAAGAGAAAAGCGACUUGGUGGAUUUUUUGACCAUGACCACGCUUUUAAUACAAGGAAUAAUGACAAGCAACUUGAAGGACGGGUAUCUGAGAAGUCUGGUAGAAAGGAUGAAGGAGCAUCGGGGAACGUUUAGUUUCAAAGACAAAGAAAUGGAUGUCGAAGAAAUCAACAAAAGACAUUUGGGAAAGAUGAUCAUACGUUAUAUUGGUCAUGAAGGAGUUGCUGAAAAACCAGGCCUUCGCCGUCUUCUUCAGGCCUGCAUUGACUUUCUCCAAACACAGCCAGGCGAUUUUUGGAAGAAUGCUUCCAUAACAAUCUAUGACGAGGACGACAAACUAUACAAGAUCGCCAGUGGAACGAGAAAACAUCAGUUUAUUUGCCGAAUGAAAAACGGGGAACCGUUUAUAAAAGAGAAAAAAUCGAUUUCGGAGCACAAGGAAGCUAAACCAAAUCACAAGCCGUCAACUGAAACCACACAUGAUCCAUCCCAGAAAGGACAUGACCACAGUUGUUUAGUUUCUUAAUUUUUUUCCAGAAUUAGUUUUCGUCUGCAAACAAUUUUGUUUUGAAAUAAAUUAUAAAUAUAUUGUGUGUUUUAUACAAUUCUUAUAACCUCAUACAGUGAUAUCAUUUUAAAAUUUUAAAACAGGC